GUUAGAUCAGGGACGCCUAUUUUAUAAUGACAGCCGAAACUAUUAGGGCAUGAAUAGCAUGAUAUGACUCAAGGAAAACAUGUUUUCGACCUUCUAAUGAAAUACAUAAAAACUCCUGGUUACACCAUCAUCUAUUCUAAUUUUAGAGUGAUCCUGCUGGUGCAUUGUUUACAGUAGAUUCAGAAGUCCUAUUUAUAGUCCAUUCAUACGUUGUUAUUGUUGAUAAGUAUUUGUAAUUGAGAGGAACCAGAGCUGAUAAAGAAAUGUCGGAAUUGAAUUCAAAUUGGAAAGAAGCAAAAUCAGUUUAUGACUUUACGGUGAAUGAUAUCAAGGGCCAAACCGUUUCCUUGGAAAAAUAUAAGGGACACGUAUUGAUCAUUGUGAAUGUGGCUUCAAAAUGUGGAUAUGCUGGUAAUCAUUACACUGAGUUGAACGAACUAUUUGAAGAAUAUGGUGAAACCAAAGGAUUGAAGAUACUUGCUUUCCCUUGUAAUCAAUUUGGAGGACAAGAACCUGGUGAUGGUGAACAGAUUUGUCAGUUUACCAAGAAGUCCAAUGUUAAAUUUGAUCUCUUUGAAAAAGUAGAUGUGAAUGGGAACGAUGCUCAUCCUCUCUUCAAAUAUUUGAAGCAAAAACAAGGAGGAUUUUUGUUGGACGCUAUCAAAUGGAAUUUCACUAAAUUCAUUAUUGACAAGAAUGGUCAACCAGUAGAUAGACAGGGGCCAAAUGUUAGCCCUAAAUCUCUAGUAAAAACUCUUGAAAAAUAUUGGUAAACAUUUCUUAUAUAGGUAUAUACAUAUACAUUUUAAAGAUAUUGCAAGUUUUUUGAAUUAUAUGUAUAAACAAUUUUGAAUUUCAAAAUAUUGCAUAAUUAUGUUACAAGCAACCUUUUAAAUACAAAUGAUAGUUUUUUUAUUGAUGUCCGUGCUAUGUACAAUUGAUGUAGAUUAUUUAAAUUAAUAAAUUUAUUUAUGUUUA